AUGGCCAGCAGCCUUCCUCGGCCAGCUCUACCGUCUGGCAGCAUGAACGGCGCCCAGCCAGCGACCAUCUCCCAGCCAGCGACCAUCUCCCAGCCAGCGACCAUCGCCCAGCCAGCGACCAUCACCCAGCCAGCGACCAUCUCUCAGCCAGCGACCAUCCCCCAGCCAGCGACCAUCUCCCAGCCAGCGACCAUCUCCCAGCCAGCGACCAUCACCCAGCCAGCGACCAUCUCUCAGCCAGCGACCAUCCCCCAGCCAGCGACCAUCUCCCAGCCAGCGACCAUCUCCCAGCCAGCGACCAUCACCCAGCCAGCGACCAUCACCCAGCCAGCGACCAUCACCCAGCCAGCGACCAUCACCCAGCCAGCGACCAUCUCCCAGCCAGCGACCAUCACCCAGCCAGCGACCAUCUCCCAGCCAGCGACCAUCACCCAGCCAGCGACCAUCACCCAGCCAGCGACCAUCACCCAGCCAGCGACCAUCUCCCAGCCAGCGACCAUCUCCCAGCCAGCGACCAUCACCCAGCCAGCGACCAUCUCCCAGCCAGCGACCAUCUCCCAGCCAGCGACCAUCUCCCAGCCAGCGAUCAUCACCCAGCCAGCGACCAUCUCCCAGCCAGCAACCAUCACCCAGCCAGCGACCAUCACCCAGCCAGCGACCAUCUCCCAGCCAGCGACCAUCUCCCAGCCAGCGACCAUCUCCCAGCCAGCGACCAUCUCCCAGCCAGCGACCAUCUCCCAGCCAGCGCCCGUGUAG